CAUCUUUCUUCCUGCUGCGCUUAAGGCAGUCUCAUCAGAGGAAGUGAGACCCAGUCACUCGCUGUUUCGCUAGCUGAUCAGAACAGGUCUGUUAGGAUGGCAGCAUUGUUCAGGAUUUGGAUGUUUAAGGUUCUCUUCUUUGGAUUGAUAGACCCAUCUCAGGCCUCCCUGCGUCCUCGUGUGUCAUUUCCUCAGGGAAGUUCAGAGCGUCUCUUGAGCAUCUACAGCAGCUCUAAUGUGAAGAACACCACCACUCUGCUGCUCAGCACUGAUGCUGACACACUGUUUGUUGGAGCUCAGGAUGCUUUGCUCUCCCUAGAUGUCAGUCAACCAGACAGUAUUACACUCAAAGACGAGUUGGAAUGGAAAGCAUCUAGAGGAAACCUGCUAACCUGCAAAAUGGCCUCAAAAAAGGAUUGUGGCAACUUCAUCAGUAUUUUACAGUUUUUCAACUCUACACACCUUUAUGCCUGCGGGACAAAUGCAUAUGGACCACAAGGCAUCAUCAUUCCAGCAAGUUCUCUGAAUGCCAGCAGAGACACAAAGAAUGCCAAAAACUGCUGUCCCUACAGCUCCACCCAGAGGAACACAGCCAUCAUUGUUGAUGAAGAGCUCUAUACAGCAACCAAAGUUGGCUUCUUUGGAAACAAAAAAGUAAUUUCUCGCUGUCAUAGCAGAGCAACGCGCAACAACCUGGAGCUUGAGAAUGUACCAAAAUUGCUACAGGACCCUGUAUUCAUCAGUUCAACACAUGUUGCCAGUGAAGGAAAGAUCCUGCUGUUCUUUACUGAGACUGGGGACUUGACCGGAGACUACUUGGUGAACUCUUUUAUUGUGUCUCGUGUGGCCCAGGUCUGCACGGAUGACAACGGAGGGAGCCUUACCUUACAGAAACGCUGGACAUCCUUUGCUAAGGCUCAGCUGGUCUGCCAACAAGGGGAAGAUCUCCAGUUCAACAAGCUGGAGGAUAUUGUCAAGUUGUCCCCACCGGACAAUGAGUCUUCUGACAGCACUCUGUUUUACGGGGUCUUUACCUCACAAUGGUCAGUUUCGUCUGGUCAGUCAGCAGUGUGUGCUUUCAGUUUAGCAGAAAUUAAAGCAGCUUUUUCAGGGGAUUACAAGACAUUCGAUUUGGAAGGAAAUCAUUGGUCACGUCAGCCAAAUGCAGACAAAAAACUCGGCAAGUGUGGACUGUUUAACGACACUGACCGUGUGUUGAACAUUGUAAAAAAGAGCUUCCUUACUGAAAAAGCUGUGCGUCCUGUGGAGAACAAACUGCUUCUGUCCUCCACAAAAGAGCGUUAUAGUCGUAUAGCUGUUCAGAGAACUCAAGCUGCAAAUGGACAAAGUUACACCAUCCUGUACCUGCUCACCGAGUCUGGCUUUCUUCAUAAAGUUGUCCUGCUGGCUAAAGGUUCUCAUAUCAUCGAGGAGAUUCCAAUUUUUAAACAAUCACAGACUGUGAAAAACAUCCUCCUCUCCAAAAGCAAGGGUGUGCUGUUCAUAGGCUCUUCUGAGGGUGUCUUCAGAGUGCCUGUGUCCAACUGCUCAGAUUAUCCAAACUGUGCAGAAUGUGUGUUAGCACACGACCCGUUCUGUGGCUGGGACUCGGAGACCAGAGUGUGUGCUACUGUGUCUGGAAUGGGGUCUAACCUACGGCAGGACGUGGAAAGCGGAAAUGUCAGCGAACAGUGCAAAGAGUUCACAAAUACUACUGCUACAGUGAUACGGAAUGCACAGUUGAAUGAGACUGUGGUUCUACCAUGUCCGGUGAGAUCCAGACUGGCGGAGGUGACUUGGAGAUUUUCAAACAACAGCGUUGUUCCCCGAUGUCCAUACCUGCAGCAUGCCAACCACAGCCUGGUCUUCCCUAUCACUCCAGAGACUUUGAACACCUACCGCUGCAUGUCGAAGGAGCUGGGCUUUGAGCAAAUAAUUGCCGCCUUCACUGUAAAUCUCUCGCCCAUCCCUCGUUCUCUUCCUCCCACAUCACACCAGCAACCUGACAUCACCCUGGACACGGAAAUAGAGCCCAUCCCUGAUUACUACACAACACUCGAGUUUGAUGAAUCUGAUUCUAAACCUACAAAAAAUGAAAAGACAAAUGCAUUUAUGACACCAGACAGGAGCGGUGAAAAACAGCCCAGGACUAAUCGUGAAUCUACUGUAAACAUCAACACCUCUGGACAAGACGCUGUUUGCAUCUCACAGAAGAGUUACUACACUGAAAUGGUUGCUUUUUGCAUUUUGUUUGUCAUUUGUUUCUUUGUAUUUGUUGCUUUUGUGAUCCUGUGGAGAAAAAGCAUGAGGUGCAACAAAACCACCCCUCAGAAACAAACUAAAGACACUGAGUCAGACAAUAUCUGGCAAACAGAACUGGAUGAAAAGCAAAGCUGAACCCUAAAACCAGCACUAUCUGUAAGUUUACGAAAAACUAAGGAGUGAUUCUUGACCCGUAAUUAGUUUGGAAAAUAACAACAUUUCCAUUUUGAAAUUAAUCUGAUUUGAUCGCUAGAAUGCCAACAGUACAUUUCAUGAUAUUUAUAAUCAUUUGAUUUUAUUUAUAGUUAAUAAUUUUAGAUAAUCAUACUUGAAUUUUUUUAGUUUCAGUACACAAAAACCUCAUAAAAACGUUGGGAUGUGAUCUAGAACCUUUAUACAGCGGAUGCCAUUGUAAAGACUGUAAGACUGUCGAAUAUGGCAUCUACUUUGACUAAGGUUUAUUGUAACUAGGGUAGCAAAAUUCCUGGAAUUUUCAAAGUUAGAAAGUUUUCAUGGGAAUUAAUGGGAAAUUAUGGGAAUAAACUGGAAAUUUGCAAAAUUGCAGGUUAACCUAUAGCAGGGAACUUAAAUGUAGUUGAAAAUAAAACAUCUUGCAGCAUAAUCUUGGUUAAAACAACUAGAUUUAAUGCAAAUUCAGUUGAAUUUCUACUUUCUUUUUACAUUUUCAAUGGGACUUUUUUUGUCAUAAGGAAUAUGUUUAUUAUAUUCAACAUUCAUGAUUUUUUUGUCAUGCUUUUUUGUUCAAUGAAGAGUUGAUUGAAAAUUCUACUCACAAAUAAAUUGGUCAAAGAUGUCAUUUUUAUUUGUAUUAGUUUGCAUGUAUGUCUGUUUAUGAUCAAACAAAAUGUUUAUGUUUGUACAUGAUACAGUUUGUAUAAAUUACCCCAAAUGUCCAAUUCCCUUUAAUUCCUGUAAAUUAUUAAGUUUACAACUUGGAAUAUUAUUUUGGUUGUUGUUUUUUUUGUUUGUUUGAAAUCAUCCUACAUUCAAUUUAUUGUUCACAAAAAUAGAUUUGUCAACACAAUACCAUAAAAAAUUAACCCUCCGGAGCCAUGUGGAGCACAUGUUUAUGAUGGAUGGAGGCACUUUCUUCAGCUCAUACUCAUUGAUCCCGCUCACUGCCAUUAUAAAGCUCGGAUGCGUCAGGAUAUUUAUUAAUAUAUCUCCGAUUGUGUUCAUCAGAACGAAGAAAGUCAUAUACACCUAGGAUGGCUUGAGGGUGAAUAAAGCUUGGGGUAAUUUUCAUUUGAAAGUGAACUUAUCCUUUAAAGGUAAAAUCUAAUUUAAUCAAAAACUCACAGUCCUUAAGCAACAAGUCACAAUAAAAAAAAAAAAAGUCAUAAAACAUAUAUUUCAAUUAUGAGUGUCCAUGUUUUCUUUAUCUGUAUGUAAACAUUUCAUUAUGUUUUUUUUACUUGUAUUGCAUGGAUGCAAAAAUGCUUGUGAAUCUUGUGUUGCUGAAGCCAGAAUCAAAAUAAAUGAGUUGCUUGGUUUGUAUUUAUUUUAUCAAGUCAUGUUUCUGGUUGCAGUUCAUUUGGUCGAAGUCCAUUAAAUAUGUGAGCGAAAGUAUAAUAAAUUCAAUUAAACUAUGAA